CAUACACUAAUAUUAAAAAAUGGAGAGCCGUGAUCUGGACACAGAUAAUGUGACCCCACCCUCAGAAAAGCGUAAACUCCAGAUGAUGAGAUCAGACUCACCAGAACCCAGCUGCGUCUCCAUGAAGAGUGAUCGGUCUAUGGAUUUUCCUUUGUACUUUAACAGUGGAAACCCCUCAUCUGUCCACAGUAAACUCCAGAUGAAGAGAUCAGACUCACCAGAACCCAGCUGUGUCUCCAUGAAGAGUGACUGGUCUAUGGAUCAUCCUUUGUACUUUAACAGUGGAAACCCCUCAUCCGUCCACAGUGAUUUACAGAAGGCAGGAGACAGAAAAGAAAAGAUCUUCAUCACAGAUACAGGACACGCCCCAGAAUCUGCUGCUGGAAAUGAAUUCCAGAAAAAGUUCAAAUUAAAUCUAAUGGAGAAGUUUCAGUGUUUAAAUGAAGUGAUAGUAAAGCAGGAAAACCGAGUGCUCCUGAAAGAGAUCUACACAGAGCUCUACAUCACAGAGGGAGACAGUGGAGACGUCAAUAAAGAACAUGAGGUGAGACAGAUCGAGGCAGCGUCCAGGAGAAAAACAACAGAGGAAACACCAAUCAAAUGCAACGACAUCUUUAAGCCCUUAUCUGAAGAAGACGAACCCAUCAGAACUGUAGUGACAAAGGGAGUGGCUGGUAUCGGAAAAACAGUCUCUGUGCAGAAGUUCAUUGUGGACUGGGCUGAAGGGAAAGCAAACCAGGACGUCCCCCUCAUAUUUCCACUUCCUUUCAGAGAGCUGAAUCUGAUGAAGGACCAAAAACUGAGUCUGAUGGAGCUCCUUCAUGACUGUUUCAAGGAAACCAAAGAAACAGAAAUGUCCAGGUUGGAAAAGGUUCUGUUCAUUUUUGAUGGAUUGGACGAGUGUCGUUUCCCUCUGGAUUUCCAGAACACAGUGAGAGUGUGUGAUGUAACUGAAUCAGCAUCAGUGCGUGUGCUGCUGAUAAACCUGAUCAAAGGGAAUCUGCUUCCCUCUGCUCUCAUCUGGAUCACCUCCCGACCAGCAGCAGCUGAUCAAAUCCCCUCUGAGUAUGUCAACCGAGUUACAGAGGUACGAGGGUUCAAUGACCCUCAGAAGGAGGAGUACUUCAGGAAGAGGGUCAGUGAUCAGAGCCUGGCCGAGAACAUCAUCACACACCUGAAGUCAUUAAGAAGCCUCUACAUCAUGUGUCACAUCCCAGUCUUCUGCUGGAUUUCAGCCGCUGUUCUCGAGAGAAUGUUGGGUGAAGCAGAGAGUGGAGAGAUCCCCAAGACUCUGACUCAAAUGUACACACACUUCCUCAUCAUUCAGACAAACAUCAUCAGAGGAAAGUACUCAAAGAAGCAGGAGAGUGAGAAAGAAAUGCUUCUCAAACUGGGAAAACUGGCUUUUCAGCAGCUGGAGAAAGGCAACCUGAUCUUCUAUGAGGAAGACCUGAGAGAGUGUGGCAUUGAUGUGACAGAAGCAGCAGUGUACACAGGUGUGUGUACGCAGAUCUUCAGAGAGGAGGUUGGGCUUCACCAGAGUAAAGUGUACUGCUUUGUUCAUCUGAGCGUUCAGGAACAUCUCGCGGCUCUGUAUGUGCAUCUGACCUUCAUUAAGGAAAAGAGAAAUGUUCUUGAUCAGAGUAGGUCCAGUUUUUUGCAUUUUCUGUCCUUUCAGACAAUUUCAGAUGUACACAGGAGUGCUGUAGAUCAGACCUUAAAAAGUCAGACUGGACAUCUGGAUCUGUUCCUCCGCUUUCUUCUGGGUCUCUCACUGAAGUCCAGUCAAAAACUCUUAUGUGCCUUAGUAACACAGACAGGAAGUAGCUCCCGGACAGGAAAGAGGAAAACAGUUCAGUACAUUAAGGAGAAGAUUAGUGAAGAUCUUCCUGCAGAAAAAUCCAUCAAUCUGUUCCACUGUCUGAAUGAACUGGGUGACGAUUCUCUAGUGGAGGAAAUCCAACACUACCUGAAAUCUGGAAAACAAAGUAAACUCUCUCCUUCACAGUGGUCUGCUCUGGCGUUUGUGUUACUGACUUCAGCACAGGAGCUGGAGGAGUUUGACCUGAGUAAAUAUACCAGGACAGAGAAGAUACCAGAUGAGGUUCUUGUGAAGGUGAUGCCUGUGAUUGCAGCAUCCAGAAAAGCAAUGAUCAAUUGUGAUACAAUUAAAGGGAGAAGCGCUGAAGCUCUGGUCUCAGUGCUCAACUCAGAAACCUCCAGUCUGAGAGAACUGCAUCUGACUGUGAAGACACUGGAUCUGACUGGGAAUAAACUAGAAGACUCAGGAGUGAAGCGUCUCUGUGCUCUACUGGAGAAUCCUCACUGUAAAGUGGAGACACUGAGGUUGGGUGGUUGUGGUGUCUCAGAUGAAGGCUGUGCUGCUCUGAGUUCAGCUCUGAGAUCAAACCCCUCACACCUGAGAGAACUGGAUCUGAAUAAUAAUAAUCUGGGAGACUCAGGAGUGAAGCGUCUCUGUGCUGUACUGGAGAAUCCUCACUGUAAACUGGAGACACUGGGGUUGUGGCGUUGUGGUGUCUCAGAUGAAGGCUGUGCUGCUCUGAGUUCAGCUCUGAGAUCAAACCCCUCACACCUGAGACAACUGGAUCUGUCUAAUAAUAAUCUGGGAGACUCAGGAGUGAAGCGUCUCUGUGCUGGACUGGAGAAUCCUCACUGUAAACUGGAGACACUGAGGUUGUGUGAUUGUGGUGUCUCAGAUGAAGGCUGUGCUGCUCUGAGUUCAGCUCUGAGAUCAAACCCCUCACACCUGAGAGAACUGGAUCUGACUAAUAAUAAUCUGGGAGACUCAGGAGUGAAGCGUCUCUGUGCUGUACUGGAGAAUCCUCACUGUAAACUGGAGAAACUGGGGUUGUGGGGUUGUGGUGUCUCAGAUGAAGGCUGUGCCGCUCUGAGUUCAGCUCUGAGAUCAAACCCCUCACACCUGAGACACCUGGAUCUGACUCAUAAUAAUCUGGGAGACUCAGGAGUGAAGCGUCUCUGUGCUGUACUGGAGAAUCCUCACUGUAAACUGGAGACACUGGGGUUGUGGGGUUGUGGUGUCUCAGAUGAAGGCUGUGCUGCUCUGAGUUCAGCUCUGAGAUCAAACCCCUCACACCUGAGACAACUGGAUCUGACUCAUAAUAAUCUGGGAGACUCAGGAGUGAAGCGUCUCUGUGCUGUACUGGAGAAUCCUCACUGUAAACUGGAGACAAUGAGGUUGUGUGAUUGUGGUGUCUCAGAUGACGGCUGUGCCGCUCUGAGUUCAGCUCUGAGAUCAAACCCCUCACACCUGAGACACCUGGAUCUGACUAAUAAUAAUCUGGGAGACUCAGGAGUGAAGCGUCUCUGUGCUGUACUGGAGAAUCCUCACUGUAAACUGGAGACACUGGGUUGUGAUAGAAUUAAAGGGAGAAGCGCUGAAGCUCUGGUCUCAGUGCUCAACUCAGAAACCUCCAGUCUGAGAGAACUGCGUCUGACUGUGAAGACACUGGAUCUGACUGGGAAUAAACUAGAAGACUCAGGAGUGAAGCGUCUCUGUGCUGUACUGGAGAAUCCUCACUGUAAAGUGGAGACACUGGGGUUGCGUGGUUGUGGUGCCUCAGAUGAAGGCUGUGCUGCUCUGAGUUCAGCUCUGAGAUCAAACCCCUCACACCUGAGACAACUGGAUCUGACUAAUAAUAAUCUGGGAGACUCAGGAGUGAAGCGUCUCUGUGCUGUACUGGAGAAUCCUCACUGUAAACUGGAGACACUGGGGUUGUGGGGUUGUGGUGUCUCAGAUGAAGGCUGUGCCGCUCUGAGUUCAGCUCUGAGAUCAAACCCCUCACACCUGAGACAACUGGAUCUGACUCAUAAUAAUCUGGGAGACUCAGGAGUGAAGCGUCUCUGUGCUGUACUGGAGAAUCCUCACUGUAAACUGGAGACACUGGGGUUGUGUGGUUGUGGUGUCUCAGAUGAAGGCUGUGCUGCUCUGAGUUCAGCUCUGAGAUCAAACCCCUCACACCUGAGACAACUGGAUCUGACUAAUAAUAAUCUGGGAGACUCAGGAGUGAAGCGUCUCUGUGCUGGACUGGAGAAUCCUCACUGUAAACUGGAGACAAUGAGGUUGUGUGGUUGUGGUGUCUCAGAUGAAGGCUGUGCUGCUCUGAGUUCAGCUCUGAGAUCAAAUCCCUCACACCUGAGAGAACUGGAUCUGUCGAAGAAUAAUCUGGGAGACUCAGGAGUGAAGCGUCUCUGUGCUGUACUGGAGAAUCCUCACUGUAAACUGGAGACACUGGGGUUGUGGGAUUGUGGUGUCUCAGAUGAAGGCUGUGCUGCUCUCGCUUCAGCUCUGAGAUCAAACCCCUCACACCUGAGAGUACUGAAUCUGUUUGGGAAUAAAAUAGGAGACUCAGGAAAGAAGCUGCUCUCUGCUCUUAAGGAUGAUGAACAUUACAAACUACAGGAACUCUCGGUGUGAUGAACAUCUGUGUGCGAGAUGAAGACUCUGGGGUUCCUGCAUUUCCAUGUUGGGGAACAGACAGCACAUUCAUAAACACGUCAGUCAUUUAGUUCUAACAAAUGAAAGAGACUCGGAGACGUGGUCAGUGUGUGUUCAUGGUGCACAGUGAAUCAGACUGCACACAAUUCUACACUGAAUGUGGAACAACUUGUGAUCUGCAUGAAACUGCCUGGACUUCAGUCCCUUAAAAACCCUGAAAGAGCAGGUGAAAAAGCACAGGGACUCGAGCUGAACCCAGUCAGUGGAAGAGGGAGCUGAAAUGGACAGGAACAGUUUCAGGGCAUUGGUGGGAUUCUCACCUGACAGGAUCAGCAUUUGGGGAGUUAAUCUGAGGAAGCCCCGAGGAGACUCACUGCAAGGCACAUUUAUCACUUUGUCCUUCAGGUGGUAUUUAAUAUACACUCACUGUGCACUUUAUUAGGAACACCUAGACGGCCCCACCUUGUUGAUGAGAGGGUUCACCGGAGAACGGCCAGACUGGUUUGAACUGACAGAAAGGCUGCAGUAACUCAGAUAACCACUCUGUACAAUUGUGGUGAGCAGAAAAGCAUCUCAAAAUGCACAACACACUGAACACUGAGGUGGAUGACCACGUCGGGUUCCACUUCUGUCAGCCAAGUACAGAAAGCUGAGGCUGCAGUGGGCACAGGAUCACCACAACUGGACAGGUGAAGAGUGAAAAAACGUAGCCUGGUCUGAUGAACCUGGAUUUCUGCUGAGGCUCACAGGUGGUGGCGUCAGAAUUUGGCACCAACAGCAUGAAUUAGUGUUCCUAAUAAUGUGCUCUGUGACUGUAGAUUAGAUCUUUUUGUUACAGGAUCAGACCAAAGCUGUUCUUUAUUUUCUUUAAUAUCUGAUCCUGAUUUUUUUUUCCUGGUAUCAGCUGAUCAAACCCGAUAUGGGAUCAGUGCCAUCACUUUUACUUAAAUCUAAACUAAUUACAGUAUGUUACGUAAUAGUAUCAAUCAAAUACAUUUUGAAGAACUAGUGUAAUUAUUUUGUCAUUUAAAAAUUG